CGCUCCAGAAACACAGAUCAACGCUGCAGUGAAACCCGGUUGAGGAUAAUUAACCCCUUAGCCGCUCGCGCUGCAGCUCCUUGUAUUGCAACAGUCUCCGGCAUGCAAGGGGUUACCGUUUUCCACUAGUGCCCCCCUCCCCCUUUUAUCUGCCAUACACUUCAAGGACAUGAAAUCCCUAGUCACACACUGAUCAAUGGUUGCAGGGAAGAUCCCCUAUACACACACACCUGCUAGUGAGCUCGGAGGAGCUGCUGGCGAUAACCACAAGAAAGAGCAGAUCCAUUCCUCAGAGCCGUGAGGCGAUGCUCGCGCCAUUGUGCAGACUCUUCUGCAUUACUGAGCUAUAGCACUGAUGCUAACGCGCUUCACUGCAGCACGGACAGGAUCAGCAGCUCCGUCACUCCUGCACCACUCCUGCCUUAGCCGCGGGCUUACUGUCUUCAUUUGCCUGACCCUCGCUGUGUAAGGAGGGCGCGAUGCCCCCGCAGCCCUACACCCGAGACAAGGACAAGUCCUCCCUCCUCCGCUGGGAUGAGGUACCAGACGAUUUUGUGGAGUGUUUCAUCUUAUCGGGCUACAGGAGGCUGCACCUCACCGCUCAGGAGUGCCUGGCUUCCAUUUUCCAACCCACCAACGAGACCCUCAAUUUCUGGACUCAUUUUAUCCCUCUUGUUCUGUUCGUCAGCAAAUUCUACCAGGUGUUCUUCCUGGGCAACGAGCUGCCCUUCCACCACCCCGCCCUGCUGCCCUUGUGGUGCUAUGCCUCGGGAGUGCUGCUGACAUUUGCCAUGAGUUGCACAGCCCAUGUGUUCAGCUGCCGCUCCCUGCGCCUGCGUGCCGCCUUCUUCUUCCUGGACUAUGCCUGUAUCAGCUACUACGGCUUCGCAAGCACCGUGGCUUACUCGUACUACCUGCUGCCCAGGCUCAGCCUGUUGGACCCCGCAGUGAUGACGCCGUACCUACAGGGCCUAGGCUGGCAGGGGGUGGAUUACAGCAUGCUCAUGGGACUCUACCGACAGCUGGUGCUGCCCGUGGCUUUUGUAUUGGCCGUCACGUGCACUGUAGCCUGCUGCCGGAGCCGGGCCGAGGACUGCUCGUACCCCUUUGCCAUCCGCACCUUUGUGUUCGCCAUGCCCCUCAGCAUGGCCUGUCCGGUGAUGAUAGAGAGCCUCUUGUUUGACCUCAGCAGGAAGAAUCCUACACUCUUUGUGUAUUUCUACAGGAGAUAUUUCUGGCUGGUGGUGGCUGCCUUCUUCAAUGUCAGUAAAAUCCCAGAGAGGAUCCAGCCUGGGCUGUUUGACAUUAUAGGACACAGCCACCAGCUCUUCCAUAUUUUCACCUUUCUUAGUAUAUAUGACCAAAUGCAUUAUGUGGAGCAAGGGUUAGAUGAGUUCCUUAGAGCACCCCAGCACUACCCCAACUUCCAAGGCACCAUUGGGUACAUGCUGCUGCUCACUCUUUGUCUGGGUUUGGUUGUAAGGACCUAUCUAAAAGGACUGACCAAUACCAAACAAGAUUAACCAAAGCAACUACUGUAGAGGCAUGCCCAUGAGUUUAUUAAUCUAGGUGUCUUUUUAUGUAUGACAUCAUAUGAAGGCUUUCUAGGAACACCAGCGGAUACUUGUUGCAUACAUCUUAAACAGGUGGCUACCAUAGAUUACUUCAAAACCAUACACCCUUUUCUGGCACCGAGGGGGCAAUUUAUAUAGCAUCCAAUGACACCCUUGUUGGAUGCUGUUUGCUGCUGUGUUAGUGAAGGGCUAAUUGCUGCUCAGCACAUGAGCACAUUUAGUGCCUGUUCUGCAACAUAGAUCUGCUUGACAAAAUGUAGCCAGAGGGGUCCAAAACUCAAGUAUAACAGAAUUGUUUCGACAAGGGCAUUGUCAACUCUAAACAAACCCCACAAUGUUUAGUUCUACAGACUCCACUUUUGUAGUUGCAUCCUUGCUGAGAACAGAUGGCUGAUUUCUAGCCUCAAUCCUUUUAAAGCUGCAUUCAUUCAAAUCCUUUGUCACCAUAUUCACUUUUUAACAGAUGUGUUUCUUUAUAAGUGAGCAUCAGACUCUUCAUUACUAGUGCACUGAUACUCAUUUGACAAUUUUAAAAUAAGCAUAUAUUCUAAUAUUAAAGGAAGAGAUCAAUGCUACAUAAGAUUGAUUUGCUGUCCCUUCAAUAACCAAUGUAGAAACAGCCACAUACAAAUUUUAAUCACCCUCUGUCCAUCAAUCUAGCACACAGCUAUCAUUACAUCAGCAUUUUCCCUGAUAUGGUCACAAUUCUGUGUGUGACUGUGUAACUUGUAAAACACAGUAGUGAAAUUAUUUAUGGUUGUUAAAACAAUGAAACACAUUUAACAGCAAAAUAAUACUAUUUUUCUAGAAGAAAUUAACAACUAUAUUGACAAGAGUGGAUGCAUCUUUAAUUGGGCUUUGUGCAAUCUCUAAGGGGCAUUAUUAAUUGCUAUAAAUUAUUUGGAAUGAAAGAAUAGGACACAAACCUUGUAACUUAUUAUUUUCUGAUGCUUGUGUAAUUUUUAUUUAAACUUUAAGUCAACUGCACUGGGGUUAGUUUUAAACAUAAACAUUUGUGGCAGCUGCACUAUCUGCAUUUCUGUGUUGUAUGAUAUAUAUACACAAAUUCUGAGAAGCAGCAUGGAACAAGACAAGGCUUCAAUUAUGCUUGGCCUCUUGUUCUCAUUCAUAAAUAGAUGAUCCUUACUAGGCCAGCUGCUAAUACACAAUGACAAUGUAAUGCUACUGCGCACAGCUGUUGUUAACCCAUGGCACUGGGAAGAAAUGCUGUGUAAUUCUGUGACAAGGGUUUCAAGUUUAACCUUUUCACAACCUAAAUGAAAUGGUUUAAGCACUUAACACUUUCACUGCAUAGGUGCAAAACUACUAAUUUCAGCGGUGAAUAGAACAGUUUUACUGAUUUAACCCACACUAGGGAAGACUGAACCUACAGUUUCCUGAGCUGGUUUUAUUUAUUUAUUUCAGAUUUAUUAUAUGAAGAAUAAUGCACUGAGGUUUGUGCAAACCAUUGUCCUGUUUAUAUAAGGGCACAACACAUUUGAUUUAAUUAAAAAAUAAUGACGAUGCUACUGAAACUAGGUAAUAUAAUGUUAAACUCUACAUUACUUGCAUUGUAAGAUACAUGUUUGCUACAGAAUUAAAUAAUGUCACAAAACCCCAGACCUGUAAAAAUUCUUUAAAUAUUAAUCAGUUAUUUUAUUUUUAAUUAUUUGCUUUCUCUUUUCCUUUCAAUAGAAGUGGGACAUGUUUAUCAGAUGUUUUGUUCUGUAAUGGGAGAAGUAUUUAGGAAUGAGCCAUGUUAAUGAUACUCAAAAUCAUGUACCUCUUGGGAACACUUGAAAUGACAAAAAAAUGUAAUGCCGAUUAAUCAAAUUCUAGUAUUUUAACAGUUAAAUAAGGAAUACCGUGUAGUGUGGAUCAUUUUUCAUAAAUUAUUACUGAGGUGGAACUGGGUUAGAAUAUACAUUUUCCGUUUUGUCUGAAUUAAAUAUAUUGAAUUAUUUUGGAAAUGUACAUUGUGUUGCUAUCAAUUAAAAAAAAGGUUGUAUAUAACUGUACAAUUUCUAGUUACACAACCUUACAUAAUGCUUGGUAAAAAAAGAAGAUGCCUAGAUUAAAAGUCAUUUUAGGAGACAGCUAUUAAAUAGGAUUUUGCUACUGCCCUAUAACGUCAAUUGUUAAUCUCACACAGAGGAAUUCAAGUUCUAUCGAUUAUAUUGUACAUCUCAGUGUUGAAGCAGCAGAUGGAAUUAUAUAAUAGUAUUUUCACUGCAGUGUUAGAGAGAACUGCAGUAUGUUGUUACGUAACCAGGCAUAUAGAGGUGGGAUUUUUCCUGCUUUGCAUUAUCCUGAUAGAAAAUAAAAAUCAUUUCACUAUGAAAUAUUACUAUAGUUUCACAGAUACUCUGCUGACUGCUGUCUAUGGCUGGCAGAUUCUGGGUUCAGCAUUGGUUGAAACAAUCAGGUUCACUUUGCCCUAACAAUGAAAUGUCAGUAUGACAAUUAACACAUUCACAACCCGUUCCAUAUUACUGUAUUGCUGUCAAGUGCAAUUGCAUUGUGUUUUAUUAAAACUGAAAGUUAUAAGCUUGGAAAGAAAUUGAUAAAGUGGUGUUUUAACCCACUGAUUGGCAGAGAGAUCUGUAAUAUACUGUUUAGCAGUCCAAAUAAUGCUAAGAGUUAAGAUGGUUCGUUAGUAGCUUAGGUCCACUACAAAUUAAUUGAACUUUCCAGGGAGUGAACUAUCUCCAAGUCCUAUAUUAUUCUUUGGUAUUGAAGCCUUAGUGAAUCUACUCUGUUGGUUCAUACUUUCUUCCAUAACAUAUGAUUAGAUUAGCAGUACACUUAACAUGAGACAAUAUUUUUGAACAGGCAGUUAAUUCUCAAGGUUCAUUUCUGACUAUGGAUUUCAGAGAUGGCCGACUCACACAGCAAUAACGUCUUUUAAAUCUCUUCAAAUGAUCUUGCUUAGUCCUUCAGGCAUCACAGACUCUGCUUUGAGAACAGGUCUCUCCUGUGCUCUCUAUGCAAUAUAUAUAUAUAUAUAUAUAUAUAUAUAUAUAUAUAUACUUUUACCUGCAUGAUGAUGACAACUCCAAGCUAUUGAAAAUAAAAUCUUGAAUGUAUGAACAUAAAAACAAAUAUUUCUAAUUGUUUUGAAGUGUUCUGUAAGAAUAUCAUAUUUAUUUCCUAUAACUAUGUUACAAUUAAGCACCCUGCAAUGUGAAUCCUAAAUAUACAUUUGACCUCUAUUUAAAGGAAUGCGUAUGAAUGAGCAGUAGUUCAAUAUUUUACAUCUUUUUUUUUGUUUUUCUUAAAGAAGGUUAAGCAAAAGCUGUUUAAUUUAAGUAAAACAAGAUGGAUAUGUAUGAUGCAUUCUCAAGUAUUCAUUCUUAUUGGCUGGUAGUGACAAAUUCCAAACUGUGUUGGUUAAAAAGGAAAGGACCGAAUGCCUAAAAGGAAUGUCCAGUUUGUUCAGCUCAGGAACAUAUGUUUAAAAGAGCAAAAAAACUGUAAUACGUUUUCUCAUUUUUCAGAUGGAACUAAGGAAAUAUAAAACUCCAUUUAGUAUUUAUUGCCUUAUGCACAUACACAUACAGGUCUAUCAAAUGUCAUUGUACUCUGUGUCACAUCUGUGAAAAUGUUUUGUUGUUUUGGUUUUUUAACAUUUAUGUGUUUUUUUUGUACAAAUUAAAUUUGAGGCUGCUUGAAAAAAAAUAAGUUGGUCUAUAACUAGAUAUCUGUUUAUUUAUGUUCUGUGCCAGCCAUUCCACUGGAUUUCUUAAGAUAAAGCUAUCCUGAUAAAAUAUUCUUUCUGAAAUUUGUGCAAAAAAUGUAUCUUUUCUCAAAGGAUUUUCAAUAAAUGAUGGUUCCAAGUGAAUUGCUGAAAUAAUGAA